GUAGGUCAAUCCUUGCGGGUGCUUUUAUUGGAUGUGCCGCUGUCAAGCAGCGGCGAAGAAAUGGAAGGGCAAACGCCAAGCAAGGCAGAGAAAAGACAAGCCUAAAAACGAGCUCGAUUUGGCGGCUUCAUUCUAGCUCGUCCUCGCGCCCUCGCCACCUUUAAUCAUCCUGCACCGAAAUACGAAACUUGUCUACAUCGACUGCCUUUUUUCAUCUUUUUUUGGCAUUUUACCUUCACAUUUGUAUAAUUUGACAGCGUCCACAUCCACCUUUUUCUCCGACCACCGGAAUGAGACAACAGCGAGGAGCCUGGAGACACUGCACCCGGGUUGGGCUCAUCCUGAAGCUGGUAUCGGAUGCCUGAACGCCGGCUGGCCCCUCCGCGUCCUCCACUGGUCAAUUGCGGAGCUGAUACAUGGGGAGUUGCAUUCUGUUGCACUGGGAAUGCUUUGACACGAGUGUCCACAUGAAUGCCGUACAGUGUGAUUAUUGCAGCCUGUUGAUGAGGAUGAUAAUAAUGGUCGCCUCAGUGUUGGAGCAAAGUGUGCUGAGAACGCGUACACUGGCCGUCCUCAGCUGAAGUGGGCCACCAGAUUGUUUAAAGAAGCACAAAUUUUUUUUUUCAUUAAUAAUCACAUUUUUGGAUGGCUCCAGGCUGGAGAAGGACGACGACCAUUGCAAGAUUGCACAGCAGAAAUGGAUAAAACUGUUGCAUGAGGCUGCACUGUGUGUGUGUGCGUGUGCGUGUGCGUGUGUAUGUUCAGGCCUACUUGAUGACUGAAGUUGAGCACAAAAAAACAUGAAAAAAUGGUGAUGUGGUACGAGGAAGACGAGAAGAGGAGCCUUGGGGGCUCAGAACAGUCCAGCUGAACAAUAGCCCAACUUUUUCCCCCAAAGGAGGACUGCUGCUUUGAUUAAAGAUCUCCAAUUAAGUUCAUGUGAAAAACAAGAGGGAGGAAAUCAGCUUCCCAGUCUGCUGGGGGGAUAGAAAAUAUAUUAUUCAUGCCUCUUUUUAGAGCAGUUGCAAAAGUGGCUUUGUUGUGGCCCAGAUGACAUAUAUGUAUUUAAGCCUAGAGAAUGGACCCUUUGCAUUAUUAACAAAAAAGUGAGCGAAUGUCACUCCGGUAGCCCUCACAGUAAAGCACUUGCGCAAAAAGGAGAAAAGAAGGCAGAAGUGGGUUGAAGCAUGGGCUGUGCUUCAAGUAUUCAUAUCUCUGAUAGGGUGGUCUACCACAGUGGAAAAGAGUCCGAGGAUUCCCACUCGCCCCAGCAGACUAACACCACUCAUCAUCAAGGAAAUCCUGUCUCGGAACUACCCCUCAAACCCCCGAGCUGCAAGACCACAUUAACAGAGGUGCAAUUUGGACCAAUGAAGUUAUUUAAAGACCCACUUCAGGUACUUUUAGUUUUUGCCAAAGAGGACAGUCAGAGUAAUGGCUUCUGCUGGGCUUGUGAGAAGGCCAACUACAGGUGCAGCAUGGCGCGGACGCCCGAGUCGGCCCUCGAAUGCUUUGCCGAAAAGCAUCAUGACCUUGUCAUCAUUGACCACAGACAUUCCAGACACUUUGACGCUGAAGCACUAUGCCGGUCAAUGAGAGCGGUCAGCUCUUCAGAAAACACUGUGAUAGUUGCCGUUGUGAAAAGGCCAGACAGGGAGGAAGCCUCUGUGAUGCCUCUGAUCAAUGCCGGCUUUAAUAGGAGAUAUGUGGAGAAUGCCAAUAUGAUGGCCUGCUAUAAUGAGCUGCUACAGCUGGAGCAUGGAGAGGUGCUGGCACAGUUUAAACUGAGGGCUGGGAAUGCUAUUUUCACAGCUCUCGAACAAAGCCAAGAGGCCAUCGAGAUCACGUCUGAAGAUCAAGUCAUUCAGUAUGUGAAUCCUGCCUAUGAGUCCGUUAUGGGCUACCAACAAGGUGAGCUUAUAGGGAAGGAAAUAAUAGAAGUGCCUAAAAGUGAGAAGAAUAAGCCUGAUCUCCUUGAAACAAUAAACUCCUGCAUCCAGAAAGGGAAGGAGUGGCAGGGGACUUAUUAUGCCAAAAAGAAGAAUGGAGACAGCAUCCAGCAAAAUGUGAAGAUCACACCUGUAAUUGGACAGGGAGGAAAAAUAAGGCACUAUGUGUCUAUUAACAGGCCUUUAAAUGAUAAUAAUAAGAUGUCAAGUGAACGAGUGCAAGCAGAGUCUCAAACUGAUAUCCAAUCCAGUAAGCACAAAGACCGGCGGAAAGGCUCUCUGGAUGUAAGAUCCACAACAUCUCGGGGGAGCGAUGGGAGCUCACAGCGAAGGCACUCCUCAAUGGCCCGAAUCCACUCCAUGACGAUAGAGGCUCCCAUCACUAAGGUCAUAAACAUCAUCAAUGCAGCACAGGAGAGCAGCCCCAUGCCCGUGGCAGAGGCCCUGGAUCGGGUACUUGAGAUCCUGAGGACCACAGAACUCUACUCUCCACAGCUGGGCACCAAGGAUGAAGACCCCCAUACGAAUGACCUUGUUGGGGGACUGAUGACAGAUGGUUUACGCAGAUUGUCAGGAAAUGAGUACAUCUUUUCCACAAAACAGCCCCAUCACAUCCCAAGUCACCUGGCCACUCCUCUUUCCCUAAACGACAUCCCCCCUCGUAUAGCUCAGACCAUGGAGAGUGAGGACUCUUGGGACUUUGACAUUUUUAACUUGGAAGCUGCAACCAUGAAACGGCCUUUGACCUUCUUAGGUUUGAAGAUAUUCUCCCGCUUUGGGGUUUGCGAGUACCUCAACUGUCCCGAGGCCACUUUGCGCUCCUGGUUGCAAGUGAUUGAAGCCAACUACCACUCCAGCAACUCCUACCACAAUUCUUCCCAUGCGGCGGAUGUCCUGCACGCCACUGCAUAUUUCCUGUGCAAGGAGAGAGUCAAGCAAAGCUUAGAUCCCAUUGAUGAGGUAGCUGCCCUGAUUGCUGCCACCGUGCACGACGUGGACCACCCAGGCCGCACCAACAGUUUCCUGUGCAACGCGGGAAGUGAGCUUGCCAUCCUGUACAACGACACCGCCGUACUGGAGAGCCAUCAUGCAGCACUCGCCUUCCAGAUCACCACCCGAGAUGAUAAGUGCAACAUCUUUAAGAACAUUGAAAGGAAUGAGUAUCGAACACUGCGACAGGCCAUCAUUGACAUGGUGCUUGCAACUGAGAUGACCAAACACUUUGAACAUGUCAACAAAUUUGUCAACAGCAUCAACAAACCGCUGGCUGCUUUGGAGGAGAAUGGGGGAAGCAACGAUGAGGAGUCUGUGAAAAGCAUACUCACAUCCCCUGAAAAUCGCAUCCUUGUUAAGCGAAUGCUGAUUAAGUGUGCAGACAUCUCCAAUCCAUGCAGGCCUCUGGAGCUGUGUAUAGAAUGGGCCGGACGCAUUUCCGAGGAGUAUUUUGCACAGACUGACGAGGAGAAGAGACAAGGCCUUCCGGUGGUCAUGCCUGUCUUUGACAGGAACACAUGUAGCAUCCCAAAGUCCCAGAUUUCUUUUAUAGACUACUUCAUCACGGACAUGUUUGAUGCUUGGGAUGCUUUUGCAGACCUCCCCAAUCUUAUGCAGCACUUGGACAACAAUUUCAAGUACUGGAAAGGCCUGGAUGAACGAAAGCUGCACAGCCUGCGACCGCCUCCAGAGUAGGCGUUGCACUCCCCUGCUUGUGUAGCACGCCGAGCGUCCACAUGCGCGUGCAUACAGAAUGCAUAGCCCUUGACGUUCUGACAGGCAGCAGCGGCGCCAACAUCGCCCACUCUUAUAAGCUUGUCUUAGAAGAACUGUGAAAAAAACAGACAUGGACACAGCACAGGGCAGCACCCUUUGGAACUUCUCAUGCCUCUCAGGCAUUUGCAGUGUAGCUGGUCAUGACUUGAGAAGGGGUCCGGACAGGCCUCAUGGAUAAGCUUCAGUCCCAUUUUUACCAUAUGGGCUCUCCUGCCUGCCUGUGAAGCUGACCUUGCUGUUUGAGUAGGAACUGCUUGUUUACUGAAAGAGCCAGCAACACUGGAAGAGAGAAUGGAAAGGUAGUCAGGAUAUAUGAAGGUAUUCUAUACAAGUCAGGUCAUACAGUCGCCUUCAUCCUCCAUCCAUGUGCACUCAGCAAGGCAGGACUGCUCCUUCUGCCCCUGGAGGCUGAAAUAUAAAAUCACACUUCACUUUUUUUUCUUUUUCAAUAUUUGUCAAUGUAUUUCUAUGUGUCCUACAGAAAAACAACAAAGUGGCAUACAGUAACUGGCAUGUUGGACAAAAACCUUAACAUUGUGAUCAUUGAUAACCAAUGAGAGAUUAUUCUGUAUGCUCAUUUUUCUUAGACGUACCGCAUUUUCUAUGUUUCAUUGAAUUGGUUGAUAAGUAAAGGAACAGAAAAAAGCCAAAGCUAAUCAAGUACAAAUACUACUUACUAUAACUCUUGCUAUUAUUCAUAUGAAGCAUUACCAUAUUAAACAUUUUUAUUUUCGUAUCAAAAGUACAGUACCAGUUUGAAUGAAUGCUUUUGUAUUGCACUGUAAAGCAUAUUACCCACAUCUAUGUCUCAGUGUCCGGGGGAUGGGAUGUUACAUUGGAGAAUAAGCUGUUAUUGUUGAUCAUCAGGAGUUUGCAUGUGUGGAUGCGUGGUUGUGUGGGUGCAAUCGUUGUUGCAACGAUCCCUCACUCAUGGUUUAAUGCUGUAAACCGCUUGACAUUUGACAACAGCAGAAAUAUGUGAAAACAUUUUUGGACUUGAAUUUUUGUUUUUUUUUUCUCCCAGACUUUUUUGUAUCUGGUUUAUCCUACUGAAAAGACUGCCUUAUUUUAUACAAUAUUUAUACAGUACAUCCCACUGUGCAACUGCAAGAGACAUCUGGAGUUUUUAUUAUAACAUAGUCAGGUUAUGUUGAAGUAAAUCUCAAUAUUUUUAUAGACUUUUACACUGGAUUUGCAGCAAAUGAGAUCAACCAUUAUAGCGAUCUGAAUACCUGUGAAUUUGAAUAUCAUACAGAGCAUGUGUAUAGAGAACUAAAUGGUUAAUGAAGGAAGUUGUACAUCAUACAGUUGUCUAUCACUGUUUGGAAGCAGUCUCCUUGAGGCCGGCUUACAUUGAUUUCAAUCAAACAUCCUUCUAUUUUGGCCACUAGUCCAGCAUAUUUCUGCACAGACCCAUGGAGCAGAUUUUUCUCCACAGGUGGCUUGGAUUUGGUUAUUAAUAUAGGUCAAAAAGAUUGUUGCUGAUGAAGAAUAUCUCCUCAUUAAACAGCAUAGACAAAAAAAAUAGUUAAUCAGAAGAAUGCAUUCAUGUUACUUUCUCUCUGAUGACAGAACUGUACACUCAACGGGGAGACUUGUUUCUUCCUUCUGAUUCACAUCUUGGUCUGAGGGCACCGAAAAAAUUUAGAAACUAUUCAGUGAAAAAUAAAAUGAA